AUGGUGCUCGGUGGGACAGACACAUCAUUACACGUCAUAGAAUUCGCGAUGGCCGAGCUAUUACACAACCCGGAUAUCAUGAAGAGAGCUCAACAAGAGCUUGAAAAAGUUGUGGGGAAAGACAAAGUAGUGGAGGAAUAUCACAUCUCUAAACUUCCAUACAUUCUCGCCAUUAUGAAAGAAACUCUAAGGCUGCACACGAUUGCUCCACUCCUUCUUGCUCACCGCCCUUCACAAACCACUGUGGUGGGCGGUUUUACCAUACCUAAAGAUUCAAAGAUUUUCAUAAAUGCGUGGGCGAUCCAUAGGAAUCCAAAUGUUUGGGAGGAUCCACUCAAGUUUGACCCUGACAGGUUUCUUGAUAAGUCUUGUGACUUCAAUGGAAAUGGGUUUAGUUAUCUACCGUUUGGGUCUGGUCGUAGGAUUUGUCCUGGAAUGGCUAUGGCCCAGAGGGUUGUUCUUUACAAUAUCGCUACAUUCUUGCAUUCUUUUGAUUGGGUAAUUCCCCAAGCAGAAAGAGUUGGGGUCGAGGAAACGUUUGGGAUCGUGUUGAAGCUGAAAAAUCCACUUGUUGCCACGCCCGUGCUAAGGUUGUCGGAUCCAAAUCUUUAUCUAUAG